UUCAUAGGUUCAAGUAAUGGAUGUGAAAGAACCUCUUUCGCAUUUCUACGUCAGGAACUUCCUGUGAGGCUAGCAAAUAUCCUAAGAGAAAUUGACCUGCUUCCUAAACAGUUACUGAGCACUCCAUCAGUACAGCUGGUAAAGAAAUGGUACAUUCAGAGUCUAAUGGACCUUGUUGAUUUCCUUCAGAAAAACUCAGAGGACCACAGGGUUUUAUCUGACUUUAUAGAUACUCUUGUUACAGUCCGAAAUAGACACCACGAUGUUGUUCCUACAAUGGCGCAAGGAGUAAUUGAAUACCAAGAUUCCUCUAGUGUGGACCCAGUCACCAAUCAAAAUAUUCAAUAUUUCUUAGAUAGAUUUUACAUGAAUCGUAUAUCCAUCCGGAUGCUAAUAAACCAACACACACUUCUUUUUGAUGACAAUACCAACUCGGGUCACCCACGGCACAUUGGGAGCAUUGAUCCAUGCUGUGAUGUGGUGGGAGUGGUGAAUGAUGCUUUUGAAAGUUCCCGGCGACUCUGUGACCAGUAUUACUUAGAUUCUCCAGAAUUAAGGCUUAUUCAAGUGAAUGGAAAAAUGCCGGGACUACCCAUUCACAUUGUUUAUGUUCCUUCCCACCUCUUUCACAUGCUGUUUGAGCUGUUCAAGAAUGCAAUGAGGGCAACAGUUGAACAUCAGGAGAACAGUUCUUCCCUUUCUCCAGUUAAAGUGACGGUUGUUCUAGGAAGCGAAGACCUGACAAUUAAGAUAUCUGACAGAGGAGGUGGCGUUCCGUUGAGGAAAAUCAAUCUCCUGUUUAGCUACAUGUAUUCUACGGCACCAAGACCAGCGCUAGAUGACACUCGUAAUGCACCUUUGGCUGGUUUUGGAUAUGGCUUGCCAAUUUCUCGUCUAUAUGCUAAAUACUUUCAAGGAGAUUUGAAUCUAUAUUCUGUACCAGGUUAUGGAACAGAUGCCAUUAUCUAUCUGAAGGCUCUUUCAACUGAAUCAAUAGAAAAGCUCCCUGUGUUCAACAAGUCUGCCUUCAAGCGUUAUCAAACAGCAACAGAGGCAGAUGACUGGUGCAUCCCAAGUAAACCAAACCACUCAGUGAGGCAAAGUGCAACAGUAUGAAAAAAUGUCAGUGUUUAGAAAGGAAUCGGCCUGUUUCGUCAAUCAGGAACAUUACUUAUGGGCAUUACUCUAUAGGUCCUGGAACAGGAGGAUGGUCAGUCUGUUUAGAAGAAGAAAAGAUCAUGCUGCAGAUCUGGAGCUCAUAGUCCAAAGUCCCAGGACUGGCCUACAAGGCGGACAACUGCCCAGGGCACUAUGGUCGGCAAUGGGGGUGUGUGCCGUCACUGUAUAAGCUGUUCCAGAGCUUUGCUGCUUGAUAUAAGCAGCAAGUUAUAUGGGCCCAUGAUGCUCUCAGGCACCAGGAAUAUUCCUGGCUCGGGGCUAUGCUCCGCCAAAGCUUUUAGGACUGGGUCUUUGCCAUGGCCCUGCCUGCUGCCCCUACAUGCUAUUCUUUCAUGUGUCCCCUGGCCUGCUUGCUGACACUGGAUGCUAUAAAACAGUCUGGGGCCCCCGCCAACUCAGCAGGGCCGAGCAUUUUUCUGCUGCCCUGCAGCAUGUGUGUCUGCAUACUAUCCCUGCCCCAAGCAGCCCUGUGGCAAGUGGGAAGUUGUGGGGGCUGUGCCUACAGGCAGAAGCAGCAUGCAGAGUCCCCCAGCCCUCCCCAGUUGCUCCAGGAAAGCACUGCACCCCACACCCUCUUCCCCUCAGUGCCCCACUCCUAGAGGCUAUACCACUGCCCCAGCCCAGAGGCUGCACCCAGACCCCCUUCCCCACCCAGAUUCCCUCCCAAGACUCUUGUUGACCUUGAGAGAACCUUUAGGUUCUUACAAAUGUUUUUCAUUCUUUUUCAUAGUGUGUUGAAAAACAUAUCACUGAAACUACUUAAGUAAUUCUGCCCAGUAGCUAAAACUUAAUACAAUGCAUAAGUUGGUAAACUUAGUUUAUCCACGUGUGAUCUGGAAUUGCCAAAGAUGAUUGGAUAGCCUAAACAAAUUAUAAAAUGGGCUGACAGAAAUUUCCGUCUUACCGAAUCAAGUAUAUCUUAAAUAUAAGGAUGUAAUAGGUCACCUUCACUGUCACACAGUGCUUCAGUAGCUUUUAGGUCUUUAUAUGCUAGAGAAGGUCAUGAAGUGCACCUCAACAUAAUCUCUCAGGCCAAAUAAACAUAAAUUUUGGUUUUCUCUAGGCUUAUUAAUGCCUGAGCACGAUCUGUGCUCUCAUGCUCUUCAGUGUUUUUGUAAUGUAUAACCACAUCUCCUCCAGGAGAGGGACAGUGCCUUUAUUCUUAUGCAUGCUUCUAGGCCAUUGAACAAUGUUAAUACAGGUUGAACCUUUCUAAUCUGUCUCUCUGUGGUCUGGCAUAAUUUUAGUUAGCUGGAUGCCCACUUAUUAUGGAUGUGGUCAAGUUCCCCACUGUCCCAUAAAGUUUGUUUACAGAUGGCUCUAUUCAGUGCUUUUUAGAUCUAAUUUACCCCUAAUAUCUUCUAAGAGGCCAGCAAGUAGUGGAAGUGUUGGUAAUGCUUCUAAAUGUAAGCAUGGUUUUUAUGCUACUUAUUUCCUUGUGCCAAUACAAUAAAAUUGUGUAUCUUUGUUAUAAAGAGAGUUGGUGAGUCUUGGCUAGAUAUAUGCUUUUAUAGGGUAUAUCAGUAUAGUCAUACAUUCAGCAACAUUGCAAGCAUUGUCCCAUUUAUUCACUACAAUAUUGAUCUCCCAUGGUUCUGCACCAGUCUAAUCCCAAGGGUACCAGACUAGAGGUUCAACCUGUACGUGUAGAUGGAAGUAUUAUCUUGAAGCCUAUAUUAAAUGAUAGGGCAACUUCCUAAUCUGAAAUGAGUCUUCAAUACCAAAUCUUUUAUAUUCCAAUUUAUUGCACUGUGUUUUGAAUGUUUUCAGUCAACAUGCCUACCAUAUCCACACUCCACAGGGGGGACUUUUUUGUAUAACUACUUCGCUCUAGACUUUUUUAGCUGUUGAAUUUGUUUGGGGGCUCAGGUUUCUAAUGUUAGUCUUUUACUGUACAUAAUGUUUUAACUUAGUGAUUUUUUUUGUAAACUGACUUUCACUUCAUUAUUGCAGUGGGUCUGCUCAGGGUAUAUCUUUGUUUAUGAGGGUUGUACAGCUUCUAUUUUGUCAGAAGUUGUAAAUUUUGCUUUGCAGAGCAUCAUCCCAAAUAUCCAAUAACUAUGUUAUUUCUGUGUAAAAAUAUCUAGCUCUGUCAGCACUACUUAUGUUAUUUGAGCAAGCUGGGUAGGAAGGACUAAAUUUAGUGAAACAAUACAGUGCUUGCUUUUUAAUCAGCACUGGAACUGUACAGGCACUUGCAUUGACAAGGUAACUCUCUAAUUUGUGCAUUGUUUACACAAUCACAGGUUUUAAAAGUUUUCCUUAUGAUCUAAUCUACACACUGUAGCUACGUCUACACUGGCCCCUUUUCCGAAAGGGGCAUGCUAAUUUUCCAGGUCGUAAUAGGGAAAUCCGCGGGGGAUUUAAAUAUCCCCCGCGGCAUUUAAAUAAAAAUGUCUGCCGCUUUUUUCUGGCUUGUAGAAAAGCCGGAAGAGAGCGUCUACACUGGCCCCGAUCCUCCGGGAAAAAGCCCUUUUCCGGAGGAUCUCUUAUUCCUACUUCAAGUAGGAAUGUGUUUUAGCCUACAUUUAACUCUGCCACUCUGAGUGCAUUACGCAGAUCUGAAGAACAGCUCUGUGUAAGCUUCAAAGCUCAUCUCUCACAAUUAGAAGCUGGUCCAAUAAAAGAUAUUACCUCACCCACCUUGCCUCUAAUAUAGUUUUGGGAGUUUUUUAGGUAAUGGAUCAGUUGUGAAUAAAGAAUAGUGAUGCAACUCUCA